GGAGGAGCUGGUGAUGGUGGGCGCCGACCACGUGGAGUAUCGCUACGGCAAGGCCAUGCCGCUCAUCUUCGUGGGCGGCGUGCCCCGCAGCGGCACGACGCUGAUGCGCGCCAUGCUGGACGCCCACCCCGAGGUGCGCUGCGGCGAGGAGACGCGCAUCAUCCCGCGCGUGCUGGCCAUGCGCCAGGCCUGGUCCAAGUCCGGCCGCGAGAAGCUGCGGCUAGACGAGGCGGGCGUGACAGACGAGGUGCUGGACGCCGCCAUGCAGGCCUUCAUCCUGGAGGUGAUCGCCAAGCACGGUGAGCCAGCCCGCGUGCUCUGCAACAAGGACCCCUUCACGCUCAAGUCCUCGGUGUACCUGUCGCGCCUGUUCCCCAACUCCAAGUUCCUGCUGAUGGUGCGCGACGGCCGGGCCUCUGUGCACUCCAUGAUCACGCGCAAGGUCACCAUCGCAGGCUUCGACCUCAGCAGCUACCGAGACUGCCUCACCAAGUGGAACAAGGCCAUCGAGGUGAUGUACGCGCAGUGCAUGGAAGUUGGCAGGGACAAGUGCCUGCCCGUGUACUACGAGCAGCUGGUGCUGCACCCGCGGCGCUCCCUCAAGCGCAUCCUCGACUUCUUGGGCAUCGCCUGGAGCGAUGCCGUUUUGCACCACGAGGACCUCAUUGGCAAGCCCGGUGGCGUGUCUCUGUCCAAGAUUGAGCGGUCCACAGACCAGGUCAUCAAGCCUGUGAACUUGGAAGCGCUCUCCAAGUGGACUGGCCACAUCCCUGGGGAUGUGGUACGGGACAUGGCCCAGAUUGCCCCCAUGCUGGCUCGACUCGGCUAUGACCCCUAUGCAAACCCACCUAACUACGGCAACCCUGACCCCAUUGUCAUCAAUAACACACACCGGGUCUUGAAAGGGGACUAUAAAACACCAGCCAAUCUGAAAGGAUAUUUCCAGGUGAACCAGAACAGCACCUCCUCCCACCUAGGAAACUCGUGAUUUCCAGAUCUCUGCAAAUGGCUUUGUUGCCAAGAAGAGGAGAGACUGCAUUCAAGUGGAAAUCGGACCUCUAAUCCAAGCAUAUUGCUUGCUAUUAAUCGCCAAAACAGGACUGCUAAUGAGGAACCUAUUUGCAUAUGUUUGCAAAAGCUGAAUCAUUGAAAACAUACCAUGAAGCUCUCUAUCUUUGGUUACUCAAAGGCAGAGAGCAAAGAGUAUGGAAGUAGUCCGGCUUUUGAAACUUAGAUAUUUUAUAUUUUUCCCCUCAAGAACUUUUUUUUAAGAAACGGAUUUGCCAUCCUUCUUGAUUUGCAGGACUGCCUCGAUGGCUUUGUUUGCUGGGACAGGGCCCACAACCUGUGCCUCUCCUAUUGACCCUUACUUUGAAUUCAGAGAUUCUAUUUAAGAGUUUAAUAUAUGAGGCUUUCUUUGAUUCCUCCUCGGUUCUACUUAGUUUCACAGAGAAAAGAAAAUAUUGUUUGAAUAAAGUGAACAGGGGCUCAUUUGUCUGUGCCUUACUUUA